UGGUGAUACUUGUGUCAAAUCUGAUGGAUGGUGUCCUGGGGAUUGCAUGGCUGGAUAUGGGCCUGAGAGGGAAUGCAUAAGAUGUUCUGCUGGAAAAUGGGGAAUAAAUUGUGCCAAGGAGUGUACGAGACAUUGCAAGACACUCGACGAUUGUCAAAGGGAAGAUGGUUUUUGCAGUGGUGAUUGUGAAUAUAAUUACUAUCCAAAAUACGCUUGUAAUCAAGAGGUUCCCAAAAUAGAUGGUAAACCUGUGUUGAAGAGUCGAGGUGCUGAUUACAUUGAGAUAGAAUGGAAUGUUUUAGAAGCUAAGAGUAAUAUCAAACGUGAUACUGCAGCUACAAAAUCCUUCAGAGUUGAAUACAGAAGUUCCUCAAACGAAGAUGAUAAUAUAGAAUCUAUUUACAUUUCUGGGUUGAUGGCAAGAAUUGACAACUUAUCAAAGGAUAGCAUCUUUGUUUUUCGUGUUUCAGCAUUGUACUCAUAUGAAG